AUUCAGAAUAAACAAAUAAUGACUGACGAAUCAGGUGUAUUCCUUCCAGGAAAUCAUGAAGCUGAGAUGUGCUAUGGAGGAGAAGCUGAUCUACACAAACAUGUUACUGGCUGUAAGAAGAAUCCAGGUCACAAAGAUUUUAUACCUCUUAAAGAUUUCAAUGCAAGUUGUCUCCCCUUACGUUACCAUGGCAAACUCAUGUCUGAGACAAUCAAAACAUUGGCAGCCAUAACUGUCCAGGUAAAGACUAAAUUCACCAGUCUAGAGAGACCAGAGUUUUACCCAGGCACUCAAGUUCCAUAUCCAUGUUAUAAUGAUAGAGGAAGUCACGUGAUGAGGUUAGGGACUGGGAGGGUGUAUUGUGUGAACAAGUACAGAAGGGAAACUUGUCGUUGUGCCAAGUGUCAAGUCUCAGCCACACCCAGCAAAGUGUGGGGGGAGGUUUAUGUGGUGACAGCCACACACGUGGUGUUUGAUGACAGCUCCAGUGGAGCGUGUGUCUACAGGCCGGAGUAUGACAGGUUUUCGUGUUACCAUCCCCACAGUGGAUCAAACUCUGAAGGAAAUUAUAGUGGGGAGUGGUGA